ACUAGAGGAAGAAAGGGUCAAAAGGAGCAGCUUUUGUUUUGUUUUUCCCUCCUCAGUGACUGCUGGCCUUUCGGAUUCUGGAUUCAAUUCGGGAGAAAGAAUCGCUUCCCAAACCUCUCUCUGCGUCGAUCCUCAUCCUCGUCACCGGCCGAGUAGAGAGAUGGGCAGCAACGUAGCUGAAACUGAGCAAAUGUUAAAGGAGUUUUAUAUUCCAGAUUAUAUACUAGUACCAAACUUGGAGAUGGAGAAGCUUAGUUAUGUACCCAAGUGCCCUGUCAUAGUUUUCAUCAAUUCCAGAAGUGGUGGUCAGCUUGGAGGUAAUUUGCUUGCAACAUAUCGCGAGCUACUCAACAAGGAUCAGGUUUUUGACUUAGGAGAGGAGGCUCCUGACAAGGUGUUGCAUGGGAUUUACUCCAAUUUGGAAAAGCUAAAGUCCAUUGGUGACGAUCUUGCCGCACAAGUUGAGAAUAACUUGAGAUUAAUUGUUGCUGGUGGUGAUGGAACAGCAAGUUGGCUUCUUGGAGUGGUUUCUGACCUCAAAUUGCCUCAUCCACCUCCUAUUGCUACAGUGCCUUUGGGAACUGGAAACAACCUUCCAUAUUCAUUUGGCUGGGGAAAGAAGAAUCCCGGUACAGAUCGCCAGGCUGUGGAAUCUUUUUUGCAUCAAGUGCUGAAGGCAAGGGAGAUGAAAAUUGAUAGCUGGCAUAUUAUUAUGAGGAUGAGAGCUCCCAAUGGAAGCACCUGUGAUCCAAUUGCGCCCCUUGAAUUGCCACAUUCUCUUCAUGCAUUUCAUCGUGUCUCACAUACGGACAAACUUAAUGUGGAAGGUUAUCAUACGUUCCGUGGGGGAUUUUGGAACUACUUCAGUAUGGGAAUGGAUGCUCAAGUAUCAUAUGCGUUUCAUUCGGAGCGGAAGCUCCAUCCAGAAAAAUUCAAGAACCAGUUAGUCAACCAGACUACCUAUGCUAAGCUUGGAUGUACUCAAGGAUGGUUUUGUGCAUCUCUUCUUCAUCCCUCUUCAAGGAAUAUAGCACAACUUGCAAAAGUUAAAAUCCUAAAACGGCAUGGCCAUUGGGAAGAUCUUCGCAUUCCGUCCAGCAUAAGGUCAAUCAUAUGUCUGAACCUGCCUAGCUUUUCUGGAGGACUAAACCCUUGGGGAACUCCAAAUCCAAGGAAAGCACGAGAUAGAGACUUGACCCCACCAUACGUAGAUGACGGCCUUAUUGAGAUUGUUGGGUUCCGAGAUGCUUGGCAUGGACUCGUUUUGCUUGCUCCCAAAGGACAUGGCACUCGCCUUGCACAGGGUCGUAAAGUUCGCUUCGAGUUCCACAAGGGAGCAGCAGACUGCACAUACAUGAGAAUCGACGGAGAGCCAUGGAAGCAGCCUCUGCCUGAAAACGAUGACACCGUAAUGGUGGAAAUCUCCCACCUCGGCCAAGUGAACAUGCUUGCGGCUCAGCACUGCAUCGCUAAGAGUGUCCAUGAUCCAUCGACUCCUUCAGCUGCCAAUAGUCAACAUGACGAUGAAGACAGCUGGGGUGAGGACUCAGAUGAGGAGUUGGAGGAGAGGAGGAAGUUUGGGGCUGCUGAUACUUUCAGACUUCCUGAGGACGUUGACAUUGCUCAUCUCAGUUGAAUGAGUUUAUAGAUUGUGCUGACUCUAUUGAGAUUGUUAUUUUGAAUUGCUGUUGUCUUUUUUUUUUUUGUUUUUUUUUUUUUUUUUGAAAAUUGUUGCUGUAACUUCAGCGCUAUGAAUAUUUUGUUUUUUUUCCCUCUUUCACAUUCAUGUGGUGGUGGUUGUUUAGACUGGAAAAUGUAUAAAUGAGAAAGCAAGCUCUAUCAUAACUUCAAAAUCUUUUGUAUAGUAUUUCCCCCCAUUAA